AUGUCUUCGUCCAGUUUGUCAUGGGGCGUUUUGGGGGUAACGGGGAGCGCAGCCACGAAGGGUUUUGGUGGCAGCAGCGAUUCCAGCCCAAGCACGGCGUCCGAGAGCCCACAAAAGUCAAUGCUAGACAGCGAACAACGACAACAGCAUCAGGAGGCGAAUGCGCAGUUCUUGCCCAAUAUUCCAUCCUCGAAGGGCGGCGAGGUGUUUCUGCGUGCAUCUUUUCUAGGGUCUUCAAGCCGUAAAAGUAGUGGGAGGGGUAGCGAGAAGGACCAGAGGUCUCAAUUGCGAAUUCCAAGGAUCGAUAAUGGACGUGGGGGCAUGAGGCAGCAAGUGGCGCUAUGUAAACAGUGGAUUGAGUUGCAUUGCGAGGAGCAGACGAGGGCGCAGGCGCUUGUCAAGGCUGCACAAGAACUCUCCUACGAUACCAUGGUGCGGUGUGACUCCGCUAUUGUGGAGGAUGGCUAUGAGCAGAUGCAUCUGCUGGCACGAAAGACGGCCGUUAGUUGCUUUCUUUUGGAUGAAAUUGUAAAGGCACUCCCACGGCAUGAGAUUCUUAGGCGGUGUGUGGGUUUUUUGCUUGGUGCCGUGUACGUGUCUGACACGCAGGAGAUGCGAGACGUGCUUGGAGGCACAGUGGAGUACCCACGCCUGUUGGAGGAUUGCUCUUUAGACCCCACCACCCGCGCGCUGCUCGCCCAGUACGCACGCAAGACAUACUUCAUUGCCCAUCACGAGCUGACGCAAAAGUUGAUCGCCCACGCCCACUUCAACGCUUCCCACCUGCAGCACUUCAAACGCCUUCCGCGUGUCUUUGCGUUGAUGAAUAAAAACUGGAUCAAGUCGUUUCUACGCAAUGUAUUAAAGGCAUGGCAGCACAUGUGUCGCAUGCGGCGACAAACUGAACAGAAGCACCGCGCGAGGUGGGCACGGCGACUUGCGGCAGGGCUCAUAAGGGCGGGUGUGCGACAUUGGCGAGUGUAUGCGAAUCUCCGGCUGCAAGGGGCCGCGGCUGCGGAGAGCAUGAAGACACUUAUUGAAGGUCUAAAGCAGAGCGUCCAAGGCCUUGAGAAUGGGAUCCAGGUCCUCUUGGAGGAGAGCACGCGGCUAAGCGCGGAAAUUGAAGCGAAGGGGGACCUCCACGUCGAGUUUGAGAAACGCAUUGCCGAGAUGGAGCAGGAGUACAAGGGAAAAUUGGAGCAUGUGCGGCAGAUGGAUCAGGUUGGUAGCUGCUUGUUGGACUCGCUUCUGCUCAAGACACCGUUUCCAGCGACGAGCGAGAUGCUCUCGCCGCUGGAGGUGCUUGUCCUGUGGGCCAACACAACACUUCUGGAGAGCCCCCUCGGCUCACUCUUCCUCAGUACCACGGAAGGGGACUUUGCAAACUCUAUCGACAACGUCAUGACGGGUCAGCAAUGGCAUCAAGUUAAGGUGAGCGACGUCUCUGAGGAUGACCUCCCCUUCACGCCGUUGCUGGCGGAGACGCUGACAGUGAACCUGCCGAUGCACCGCUUUUUGGCACUUAUUCGCGCAAUGGAUUUUGACGCAGGCCCCAGCAAGGAGGACCUCAAAAAGGUGUGCACCCUGGACAUGCGGCUGCGGUCGCUGCGGUCAAGAAUGGAGACGCAACACGAGUCGGUGGACCUGGCAGAUCCGGAAACGACCGCGGUGUUGGAGUCGGAGACAAUCGUGGGACGCACUCUCGUGGACGCAUACACAGCACUCACAGGCACCGAUUGCAUUGUGACAGGGGACCAGUUGAUGACACGGAGGCGUGGCAUUCAGCUGGUGUUUCUUGCAGGCCUUAUGCGGUAUUUUUCCAAUUGGAUGGAGAACCAGGUGCGGAAGCAACGCUCUACCGACGAGUCACAGCAAACAUUCGCCACAACCCAAUCACCAUCUUCUACCAACGUGAAUGUGGCGGGAGAUGCGGGGAAGGAGAAGCGGGAGGCGUCCACGUCUGAGAAUCACUUGGGUGUACGUGACAAGAAAUAUUCUGAGUGGUAUCAUCCCCCGCAGAAUCACCUUGGCUGGAUGGCGAGAGUUGAGAGCCAGCGGCGGUGGAUUGCUGCCUCGUUGAGUGCGUUGCAUGAGGCACUGAACCUGGCUGUUGAGACUUACACCCUCAUCCCGACGGAGGUGCAGGAAGACACACCGGAUUUUAUGGAAAACGUAAACCUGAAGAGGUUGUCGGACAUUCUUCCAAAGGAGGCGAUUGCAUCAAGCGCCUUUUUUCUUCGUCUCGCGCGUGUUGUUGAAAAUGCACUUCCCAAACUGAGAGCUCUCUUCCUGCAAUACGCACGAGUAGAUCGUGCUGCCGAUGGCAGAACCAUUGGGCCUCGGUACAUCAACUUCAUCGACUUUUGGCGUUUGCUGUGUGACUGCCGUGUGAUUGGGGGCCCAGGGAAACUCCACCGUGCUGUGGUGCGCCACAUCGCUGGGAACGUCUACGGAAGCAACGAGGAAGCUGCUGGUGGUAAACAUUCCAGCGGGGGGGGCGCCCCAACGAUGUCGCAGAGAAAAGGCCGUUCUGUGCUGCUGUCGUCGGACAUUGAUGUGAGGGGUUCAUACUACAGGUUGCGUUUCGGUGCCUCCGGGUUCAUGGAGAUGCUUUUGCGCUGUGCUCAGGCGUGGGACAACCUGAAACAUCGGCAGAUGGAAAAGAAGCUGGAAUCCUCUCAGCGGAGGAUACUCACAGCUAAGGUUGGUGCCAUGACACCAGCCACAGAGGCAUCGCUCAUGGUAAUAGAAGAGGCGGUGAUAGAUUCUGACGCGGGGGAGGCGGUGGAAGAGGCGAAGGAGAUCCAUUACGAUACAUACGACAUGACGUGGGCACUGCGCCCAGCUGCGGUGCGGGAUUUUUUUCACGAGUGGAUUAUUCCGCAUGGUUUUCGUGGUCCGACGCUGGAUCCGUUUCGCCGUGCCAUGCGCCACCCCAAGCUGAGGGACCACAUUAUGGCAAACUUCGAUAUCCUCUUUGGUUUUUUUACGGCCUAUUCGAGUCCAAAGGAGGCAUGCGGCUUGCCUGUGAGGCUACCAGAUAUGGAGACAAGUAUGCGGAGGUUGCUGCAGGACAGGUCCACGACCACUCUUCACCUAUCCAAAACUGGUACCACUGGCAACUUGAGUGCGUAUAUACCGAGCAAUAAUGUAGGCAUUGUACGCGUCAUGACCGUGAAGGCUGUACAACGCAUUGCGGAGGAUUUUGACUGGUUGCGUAUUCGUCGCGUGACGCCAAGUGUCAUUGAAAGAGUUUUUAUUGCGGUAAAUGCCGACACGGAACACGAGCCCGAUGUCAUCUUCUACCCCGAAUGGCUCGAUUUACUGUGCGUCAUGGCGCAGUACUAUGACCCUGACCCAACACGACCCCUCCAUGAGAAGGUUCCCCCCUUUCUGGAGGAGUACGUCCUGCGGUACUACAGAAACACAUACUGA